CCGACUCCCCAACGACGACGACAACCGACCACCCAUCCUUUCACCUCGCCCUCUUCAACUCCCCCGAACACCUUUAUUUUCGAGGUCAAAAGUCGCCAAAAUGGGUGGUGUCACCGUUCGCGAUGUGGACGUAAGUUGUCCCUUUUCACCUUACUGUUUUUUUUGUUUUUGCCCCGGUUUGCCUGGUGGGAUCGAUUGGUUCGGAGAAGCAGGAGAAAGGGGCCGCGGGGGGAGGGGGGAGGAAGGUAUCGAUGCUGUGCACACCAGAUUCGACAGACGAUUGCGAUGGGAUAGUGGGAUAUCUAUACUCGAGACGAGGAUUUCCGUACGAUAAUACCUGGCCGGGGGUUGAAAAUCUAGAAAGAGAGGGGGGUCGAAUUGAAUGAAUGGAUUUGAACGACAACCACGAGGAUAUAUAUAUAUAUUCGACACGAUACUACGGCACUAGAAAUACAGAGACGGACAGACUGCACAAUGGAAUCCACGAUCCCCCGAGAAAUCAGGGCUUUACUCGGGUUGAGAAAAGGGAAAUGUGCUGACCAUUUAUUUUUUUUUUUUGAAUUACAGGCGCAGAAGUUCAUCACUUCCUACGCUGCUUUCCUGAAGCGUCAGGGCAAGCUCCCUAUUCCCGGCUGGGUUGAUACCGUGAAGACCUCUGCCUCCAACGAACUCCCUCCCCAGGAUGCCGACUGGUACUACGUCCGCGCUGCUGCCGUUGCCCGUCACAUCUACAUGCGCAAGACCGUUGGUGUUGGUCGUCUCCGCAAGGUCCACGGCUCUACCAAGAACCGCGGCUCCAAGCCCUGCCACCACGUCAACGCCUCCGGCUCCGUCGAUCGUAAGGUCAUGCAGUCCCUCGAGAAGAUUGGUGUCCUCGAGCAAGAUGAGGACAAGGGCGGCCGUCGCAUUACCCAGAGCGGCCAGCGGGAUCUUGACCGCAUUGCCAAGACCACCGUUGACGAGGAGGAGGAGGAGGAUGACGAGUAAAUUUUAGUCUCGGAUUUGUUUUAAAAUAAUGAAAAAGUCCUGACGUUUGACAACUUCAAUCUUCUCCUACCUCUCUCUCUAUCUCCUCCCUACAAUACAUUGCGAAUGAGAUUGAAAUAUUUCAGAUGAGAUAUGGGCAAACGGCCAGGAUAUGGAUAUGGAUAUGGAUAUGGACCGGGGAGCGAUUGAUGCUACGAACCUGAAGAAGAAGAAGAAGAAGAGAGGAAUGAACUGAGUUCUACUUUUAUGUGUCAUCUAUUCAAUUGAGGCGUCCAGAGUCCAGCCAGUCCGCCAACGCAUGCGUAUAUGCUAGUUCUUUUGUAAUGUAUGUACACUCGAACCGUAAGUAAGUACCUAUCUCACUAGCCCAGCUCAGCUCAGCCAGACACCUACCUCUGUU